UUUUUAUAGAUAUACGUGCUUUUUAUGUACGUCCACAUUCUAAUUCUAUAUUUUAUUUUGAGGAUGUGAGUACCUGUGGGCUACCGAAAAGCAUUAAAGACUUUCCAUGACUCCAAGGCUCCAAAAGAUCCAAAACUGCUGCACUGCGUUACAAUCUAAAACUAGCUUGCUGAUUAUAUGACUAAAUUAAUAUUGUGGAGUGAAUACUUGCAAUUAUUCCCGCAGUCCCAUCAUGACAGCUGCAACCACCUCUAAUUAUUCCAUCUCUCGUAUUCUCCGUUUCCCUCCCCAGUCUUCGGUCCACUGGGCCUAAACCUUUCUCCAGCCUCCCGUCCUCUUUUCUUUUGUACAACUCUCUAGCCUCCGUUAGCUUCUUCUGUGGCCCACCUGUUUCUCUAGUUGGAUGCUUAAAGCUCUGCCAUCCUGCCACCUGUUUCUCUUUCUCCAUGCAUCUCACUCCCCAUCUCACUCCGCUUCAUCAGCUUCGCAGACACUCGUUUAUGGGUCCGAAACGUUCCGAAGAAGAUAAAUGAGACUGAUUUUUAUUAUUAUUAUUUCGAAAAUAGCCUUAAUUUUUAUUUCGACUACUUUUUGCGGACAUCCAGGUGACGGUGCUUUGUAAGCUGUUCCAUUUUUAGGUCUGUUUAGCACUGUCGGCUUAGCAUCGCUCUUUACCAAACGAAUCACCCCUCUCUCACUCGAUCACGUCAAAUCUCAUUACCACCAUCUCCUCACUCUCAAAAAUCCUGUUUUUACGCAAUCAAAUCCCCUUCCGCCCCUGCGUUCCUCUCCAAAAUCCAAUUUUUAAGCAAACAAAUCCUGUUUCCACCCCUGCAUUGCUCUCCAAGAUCCAAUCUUUCAUCGCAUUCUUUCCAACCUCCGACCUUUAUCACAGGGCCCAGUUUUCAUCCCUCCUUCUCCACUAUUGCAUUAAGAAGGAGGAGGAGGAGGAGGAGGGGAUGUUGGACUCUGAUCUCUCCAAGCCCACGGCCAUCUUUGGCCUCCGCCUGUGGGUGGUGGUGGGCAUCUGCGUCGGCGCCGCCUUCGUCUUGUUCCUCUUCUUCCUCUCCCUCUGGUACGCCUCCAAGCGCAGGACGACCCCGACUAUCCCAAACUUCUCCAAAGAAAUCCAAGAAGUCCGCGCCGACCGCCCUUCCCGCCACUCCGACCCCAAGUCCUUCGCUCAAUUCCUUCGAAACCCCCCCUCCGAUUCCCAGCCCCCUGUUCGCCUCCCUGUCAAGCGGCAGCCGGAGGAGGAGACGCCAAUCGGGCUCCAGAAGAUCCGUGUGGAAACCGGCAAGGACCACCGGAUCACCUUCCCGGAGCGGGGGAGCGGUGGCGGGUCGUCGCAUGGGAGCGGCGAGAGCCGGGCGGUGGAGCAGGCCUCGCCGGCCGUCCCCGAGGUCUCUCACUUGGGGUGGGGGCACUGGUACACUCUCAGGGAGCUCGAGGUGGCGACCAAUAUGUUUGCUGAUGAGAAUGUCAUCGGAGAAGGCGGGUACGGGAUUGUGUAUCAUGGCGUUUUGGAAGACAACACUCACAUUGCUGUCAAGAACUUGCUCAACAACAGAGGUCAAGCUGAGAAGGAAUUUAAGGUAGAAGUGGAAGCAAUUGGACGCGUUCGGCACAAGAAUCUAGUGAGAUUACUUGGAUAUUGUGCAGAAGGUGCUCAUAGGAUGCUCGUAUAUGAGUAUGUGGAUAAUGGCAACUUGGAGCAGUGGCUUCAUGGGGAUGUUGGACCCGUUAGCCCUUUGACAUGGAAGAUUCGGCUGAACAUAAUACUUGGAACAGCAAAAGGGUUACUUUACUUACAUGAGGGUCUCGAACCAAAGGUAGUUCACCGUGAUAUUAAAUCAAGCAAUAUAUUGCUUGAUAGGCAGUGGAAUUCGAAACUUUCAGAUUUUGGCCUCGCUAAGCUCCUGGGCUCGGAGAGUAGCUAUGUCACAACUCGCGUGAUGGGAACAUUCGGUUAUGUGGCUCCUGAAUAUGCCGGCACUGGUAUGUUGAACGAGACGAGUGAUAUUUAUAGUUUUGGGAUUCUUAUUAUGGAAAUAAUAUCUGGUCGGAAGCCGGUUGACUACAGUAGGCCUCCAGGAGAGGUUAAUCUGGUAGAGUGGCUAAAGGCACUGGUCAGCAACCGCAAUUCUGAGGGACUUUUGGAUCCGAAGAUGCUCGAGAAACCUUCUUCAAGGGCAUUGAAACGGGCACUCUUGGUAGCACUGCGCUGCGUGGAUCCUGAUUCACAAAAGAGGCCGAGGAUGGGCCAGGUGAUACAUAUGCUUGAAGCUGAUGAUUUCCCAUAUCGAGAUGACCAUCGAGCUGGACGAGAUCCGGGGCAAACUUGCCAUGACUCUCCACAGGCAAAAGCAAGAAUAUUAGAAAAGCCAGAGAUGGAAAGAAGCGAUGGCAGUUGCAGCGAGAAUAGCAACAUGUCGAGCAGCCUGCUAGGUGGAGAGAGCAAGAGGAAUAACUAAGCAUCAACAUUCAGUUGGAUUAUCUAUCCAAGGUCUAGUAUGCUCCAUUGACUCAGAUUAAUCAUGCAAUUAAAUUAUUAAACCUCGUCCUGUUGUCUGUAAAUGCAGUUCCAGCUUAGUGUACAUGCUUGAAGUCCUAUAAAGUUUUGUGCACUAUUCAUUCUGCUGUCUUUUAUAAUUUGAUUUAUAUGUCUCAACUAAAGUUGGGUAGGUGGUACAGGGAUGCCAAGGGAGGACUGUUUACUUAUUGUGUGGCCUAUUUCCUAUGGGCUUUUUUUAAAGGGUAAAUUUUAUAUAUGUAAUGUUUGUUCUAUGUUUGACCAUCAGUUUUGUUAAAUUACACCGAGAAAGUAAUGCUAAAUCUGAUGUUUUAUUAA